CGGGCAGGGAAGGAGGGAAAGAGGGAGGGAAGAAGGAGGUGGCGGCGGCCGCCGCCCGGGGCUUUCGCCGCUCGCCGCUGCCAUGGCUCCACUGCGCUCCGGCCCGGCCUGGUGGCGCCUCCUGUCCUGGGCUGCUCUCGGCCCCGUCCUCUGCGGCGUGCCGGGGCGAGCCGAGCCGGAGUCGGGGAAGGAGCCGGAGCCGCACAGGCAGCACCUUUACAGCGCCGAGAUGUUGCGGCACGGCGUCGCUGCCGCCCCGCACUUCGUCAUGUUCUUCGCCCCGUGGUGUGGACAUUGCCAGCGUCUGCAGCCAACUUGGAAUGAUUUGGGAGAUAAAUACAACAACAUGGAAAACCCACAGGUCUAUGUUGUUAAAGUGGAUUGUACCACAGAUGCUCCACUGUGCUCUGAAUUUGGUGUCCGAGGAUACCCUACUUUAAAGCUGCUUAAACCAGGACAAGAACCUCUGAAAUACCAAGGCCCUAGAGACCUCCAGGCACUGGAAAACUGGAUGUUGGAAAAACUAAAUGAGGAACCAUCUGAUCCAGAAGCUGUUGCGGAACCACCCAAAGCCACUGAACCUAAGCAGGGAAUGUAUGAACUCUCAGCAGACAAUUUCAAGAUGCACAUAGCAGAAGGUAAUCACUUUAUCAAAUUCUUUGCUCCUUGGUGUGGUCAUUGCAAGGCUUUGGCCCCAAUGUGGGAGCAGCUGGCUCAAGCCUUUGAACAUUCAGAAAGUGUAAAGAUUGGCAAGGUUGACUGUACCCAGCAUUAUGAGGUCUGCUCUGACAACCAAGUUCGUGGCUAUCCCACACUCCUCUGGUUUAGGAAUGGUGAAAAGGGUGACCAGUACAAAGGGAAGAGGGACUUUGAUUCCUUAAGGGAGUACGUGGAUUCCCAACUACAGAGCUCUGGGAAAGAACCACCAGCAAGUAAACCCACGGAAGCCCCACAGCCGCCUGCAGAACCACCCCAGGCUGAGCAGGCUGCAGUGCUCUCUCUGUCUGAAAAAAACUUCGAUGCAACUAUUGCUAGGGGAAUCACCUUUAUUAAAUUCUAUGCUCCAUGGUGUGGUCACUGUAAGAACUUGGCUCCAACUUGGGAGAACCUUGCCAAAGAGCAAUUUCCAGGUUUGACUGAUGUCAAAAUAGCAGAAGUAGACUGCACCGUGGAACGUAAUGUCUGCAGCAGAUUUUCUGUACGCGGUUAUCCUACACUUCUGCUCUUCCGAGGUGGAAAGAAAGUCAGCGAACACAACGGAACGAGAGAUCUUGAAUCGCUGCAUAGCUUUGUGUUGCGUCAGGCAAGAGAUGAAUUGUAAUAAAAAUCUGGAUGCUCUA